AUGAUUAUGGGUAAUAUUUUUACUUUUUGGUAAUUAUUCAAAAUAAAUGUUAAUAUUAAUCUUUAAAUAUAUAAAUAAAUAAAUAGAUAGUACGAUUUUUUAUUUUCUACUCAUUUCAAUGAAUUAACUAAUCACUUUCAAAUUCAAAAUAGCCUGUAAAUUUUGAAUAAUUUUCACAGUUUAGUGCAAUUUCUAUUCAGAUAUGCUCAACUACCUUUAUAUAUUAAAAUAGAUAGUAUUUUAUUACCUUUUAUUUUAGAUUUUAAAUUCUCUAAUAUUUUUUAAUAAAAGGGAGUAAUUAAUAAAUACGAUUCAAAUCUUUUACUUAGAAUCAAAGAUGCUCAAUUAAUUAAUUAAUUUAAAUAUUCAAAAAGUGGGUAAUAAAUAAAUAUGAUUGAAAUAUUUUACUUAGACUCUAAGAUGCUCAAUUAAUUUAAAUAUUCAAAAAAGCUAACUCUAAGAUGCUCAAUUAAUUUAAAUAUUCAAAAAAGGUGGUAAUAAAUAAAUAUGAUUGAAAUAUUUUAGUUAGACUCUAAGAUGGUCAAUUAAUUAAUUACUUAAAAAAUAAAAAAUAGUUACUGGUAAAUAACUAAAUAAAUAUAUUGA